AUGCCACCAAUGGGGUGCGUUAGCAGCAGAGGCAUGGAAGCCCCGGACCUCGAUAGUAGUACCGAAUACGACAGCAGCACCAUCUCCCGAACCACGUCGCAGUCUUCCCGAGCCACCGCGCAGUCGCCGAGCCUCCAGGCUCGGCGGUCAGGACCAGCUCCGUCCAGAGGCUUGGGAGGAGCGAUGGGACAGAUGGCAGGAUCGCAGCCAGUAAAGGACCUGUUGGACGUGUUCAUUGACGAGGUAGAGAGUUCGCACAAGCGAAAGUCCAAGAGCAAGACACACAGACACAAGGGGUCAUCUGGAGAAGCUGGUGCAGCGGGGGAUGUUGGGGCAGCGGGGGAGGCUGGGGAAACGGGGGAGAGUGGAGCAACAGCGGAAGUUGGAGCGGCAGGGAGGAUUGGGGUAGAAAGAGCGUCUGAGGCCGCAGGAGUAAAGGCAGCAGAUAUUGGGGCGUUGAGAGGAGGGGAGGUGAAAGGAACAGCUAUUGGGGCAUCCCAGGGUGAGGUAGAGGGGCGAGCAACAGAAGGGCGGAAGGGAGGUGAGGAGGAAGAUGGGAUGGGGCCGCGAGAGAAAGGGCGGGGUUUGGAGUGCACAUUAGAUGAGCGCUCAUCUAAUAGUAAGGCGGCUGGACCAGAUACAGAAGUAGCAACAGCAACAGCAGCGCCAGACUCAGCUCCUUUACCUACAGAGACAUAUCUUCUGAAUAAUCCGGCUUGCGAGCUUGCAAGGCACGCUGGCGCCACAUCGGAUGCCACGUCAGAUCCUCAUGCUGGGAGCUUAAGCACAAACGGUCCUCCUCCUCCUGUUCACAGCAACCCUGCUACAGCCUGCUCCGCGGAUUCAGUGCAUCUAGACAAUCCCAAGGGCGCCUCGUGGAAGGCUGACAAUCCCAAGGCUGGUUCAGGGGAGGUGAAAAAUCCCGGAGCUGCACAACAGGAUACAGGGGAACCAGCAGGCUUAGGUUCGGGAUGUACAGACCAGGCAGGUAGCUUCGGUGGUGUGGUCCGGGCCAGCCCUGGCGAGGCUGAAGCAGGGGCGGGUUUUGAGGGAGAGGUUGGGAGAGUAGGUUCGGGGAGAGACGGACCUGUCGUCCGAACCUGGGAGGUUGACCCGGAGCGCCGAGCCAAGAGCUGGAGAAGAGACGUGGAGGCCGAGUUCUCUAGGGGUGAAAAGAAGAGAAGAGGCUCGAAGGCGCAGGUAGUAACAGCUCCGGAAGCAGCAGGUGUGGGCGAUGGGGAUGGUGUAAGCAGAGGACCAACGGUUGUGAUUGACUCUGGAGCGGAGGAAGCUAAUAAGGAACGUCAGAUGGAGCAGCCCGUACGUGCUAUUGGUAAUGCAGGUACAGGGGAGGGCGGAGGGGGCGAUAGAAAGGAGGGCGGGGGCACGUAUGUGAAUUUAGACGCGCCUCUGAUUUCGUCUGGUGAGGGGGAGGGUGGUGGUGGCACGUACCUGUUUGCAAUGAAGCUGCGACGAGUGAGGAGCUCGGGAGAUGUCACGAAAGGGGAUGUCUCUAAAGGGGAUGUUGUUUCUAACGGGGAUGCUACUGACGCGGAUGUUGUCAGCAGCGGCGCUGCACCUGCGAGUGCUGGGGUGAAGGCCAGGCAGGAGGGGAAGGGGAGCCUGCUGGGUGUGCUGGAGCAUGAGUGCAUGGGGGAGGGGGAGGGAAGGAGUAAGGGGGAGGAUGAGGAAAGAAGCAAGGAGGGUCAGGAGGGGAGGAAUGAGGAGGCGGAGGGCCAGGCUAGCCCCAGCAGCAGUAGGCCGGUGCAAGGCAUGCAGAGAGACAGUGGCUUGGUGAUGCGGGGAAAUGGUGCUGUGGUGCAGAGGAAGCGAGCACUGACGGGUGAGGAGAACGCACAAGGAGGAGAUGAGAGGGAGGGAGGGCAGGGAAGCCGAGGGCAAAGGGAGGCCGAGGAGAAUGAUGGUGGCGGGGGUGGUGAUGAUGAUCUGAUGCUUACUGGCAGCUUCUCCUGCUUCGCCAGGAGUCCCAGGCCCAGCCAGCCUGAUGCAAAAUUCAGUGCAGGGUGGGGUGGGAAUGCCUUUGCCUCUGCUGGCGCUGCUGCCGCUGCUGCUGGCGCUGGCGCUGGCGCUGCUGCUAGUUCCCGAGCAAGGUCAUCAACCAAGCAUCCCCGCAAGUCGAUAUCCUCUUCAAAGCCAUCCUCGUUAAGAGUGCCUUCUCCGAAACCUCCAUCUCUCGAACCACGGUCUCCUAAAGCAAGUCUGUUAACGUCCUUCUCGUUGGAAGCCCACUCACCUAAGGUACUGUCGUCUCGAGCCCCUCCCACACUCUCCCUCCCCCCAGCCUCCCCCAGGUCCCCCUCCCUCCCUCCCCCAUCCCCCUCAGGUGUCUCCGCCAACCUUCCCCCAGCCUCCCCCAGGUCACCCUCCCUCCAACGCCCUCUAGCCUCCUCGCCCCGGGCUUCAUCAGCCAAAAGGGGCGUGUCCAUAGUCCUUCCCACAGCCCCUGUCCCAACCUCCCCCAAUCCUACCUCCCCCAAGCCUCCCUCCUCCACGCUUCUUUCCCCCAGGCCUGCCUCCCCCAAGCCUGCCUCCCCCAAGCCUGCCUCCCCCAAGCCUGCCUCCUCCAAGCCUGCCUCCCCGAAGCCCACCUCCCCCAAGCUCUCCUCCCCCAAGCCCGCCUUUGCCGAGCCUACAUCCCCUAAGCCUGCUGCCAAUGCUGCCUCCUCUGCUCCUGCUUCUCCUGCUGCUGCCACCUGUGCAACCACCACUGCUGUCACUGCUGCUGCUGCUGCUGGUUUGGAGCAGCAAGAAGCAGACGAAGACGCCCUUCUCCUCUCUCUUGAAGUACCUCAAAACUCGCCUGCUGCCCCUGCUGCCUCCUCUGCUGCUGCUGCCUCUGCUGCUGCCUCUGCUGCUGCCUCUGCUGCUGCCUCCUCUGCUGCUGCUGCCUCUGCUGCUGCCUCUGCUGCUGCCUCCUCUGCUGCUGCUGCCUCUGCUGCAGCCACUGAUGAUUCUCAGCAGCAAGAAGCGGACGAGGAUGCUCUUCUCCUCUCUCUUGAAGCACCUCAAAACCCACCUGCUGAUCCUGCUGCCUCCUCUGCUGCUGCUGCCUCCUCUGCUGCUGCUGCCUCUGCUGCAGCCACUGGUGGUUCUCAGCAGCAAGAAACAGACGAGGACGCUCUUCUCUUGUCUCGACUCGGAUCCCCUCGCAUCGUGCUCCCCAAUCGCAUACAGUCAAACUCGUUCAAGUGCAUAAGCAGCAGCAACAAAGCCAUCCAAUUAAUGGCACGAUCGCGCAGCGAUCCUGACGCUCCAUCGGCAUCUCUGCUUGAUCCAAUGGCUGACGUCGUCCUUCCUCCCCACUUCCCCACCCUUCCCCAUCUUUUCACCCCUCCUCGCCUCGCCACUCCCCCUCGUCCACGCUCUCGGGGAGGCUACAGUAAACUGCAGGUAGAUCUAGCAAUCAUCACGACUGUAUCGGAUUUUAUCGGAUUUGAUUUGUUUGGGGAUGGGGAGGAGGAGGAGGGGGGAGGUGCGUCUGGGGAAGGUGAGUCUGGGGCAGGUGGGAUGGACCCGUGGGGUAUGGUUGCUGCUGUGGGUGGGUCGCUCUGGCCUAUGAGUGACUGUACAGAGGGAGAAGAAGCGGCACAAACUGGUAAGGUGCAAUUGAAUUCCGCAGAGGUGCUUGUGGUUGAUUCUACAGAGGGUGACUGUAUGGAGGGAGAAGAGGCAACUCAGCAGGUGCUAGAUGAUGCAGCAGGUGUGCAAGAGAUGAGUGGGGAGGAUGUGACUAAAAAGGAUGUGAAUGGGGAGGAUGUGAUUGGAGAGAACGUGGCUGUAACGGCAGCUGAAGGGGUGAUCGAAAGCAGAGGGCAGGCAGAUGGGACUGUAGAGGAUGUGAGUGCUGCUGAGGAUGUGUCUGGUGGCGAUGUGACUGUAAAGGGGGUGAUCAGCGAGAAGGUGCAUAUAAGGGAGGUGAUUGUAGCAGCCUCGGCAUUGUGGAGGGACGUGAUUGAGCACCGGGAGGAUGUUGAUAUGGCUGUAGAGGGGGCUCUGGUGGAUAGGGUUACCACACGGAGUGAUGAGGGAGAGAAGGGAAGAGGCAUGGAGGAGGCGGAGAGCAGAGUGAAACGAAUAGGUGCGGGUGCUGAUAUGGCUGCUGAUGUGGCUGCUGAUGUGGCUGCUGAUGUGGCUGCUGAUGUGGAUGAUGUGGAUACUACAGACGAUAAGGUGCCGAGCUGGCAGCAGGUGUGCAAGCAGGGGGAGGUGAUUGUAACGAAGGCCAAGCUUCUUAUGAGUCUCUUAGAAAGGCUUGAGUGUGAGGUUGCAGAAUGUGAUGUGCUGAGACUGUCCGCGACAGAUGUAACCCUGGGGGGGACAGAUGUAACCCAAGCAGGGACAGGUGGAACUGUUCCAGAGACAGGUGUAACCCUGGCACUGGAGAAUCUGGUGGUUCUGACAGAGCAGCAUCUGUUGCUGCUGAGUCAGCAGCAUACAGUGGGAGGACGAAUAGGGGAGGAGGGUGUGACUGUGAGCGAUGUGACUAUAGGCGGCGUUUUGAGAGUUAUGGAGGCGAGGAGGAGGGUGAGAGAUGUGGAGAGAGAGGGAAGUGUGAGGGAACAGGGAAAGGUGGAGGAGGGAGUGAGUGUUGGAAACGAAGAGGACGAGGAGGAGGAGGAUGAGGACAAGGAAGAGGAGGAAGAGGAUGAGAAGGAAGGAGGAUGGGUAGAAGGCGAAGAGGAGGACCUGGAAGGAGAGGAUGAAGAGGAGGGGGAGGAGGAGAGGCAGAGCCAGGCAGAAUUGUGGGAUCGAAGUGGGAAGCUGCUAGAAGCUGCCUCAGAGCAUGCAGCGCUGCUGGUGGAUCGCUGCCUCUCUCUUGCAAACCAGCAGGCAGAGAGGCUGGUGGCAGUGGCAGGCAUGGUGAGAGCGAUAGAGGCUGCGGCAAACGUUGAGGAGGUGACUUGUGAGGCGGCGCCUGUCAUGGGGAAGCGGCGAGAGAAUUCAGGGGUGAAGGGAAGGAGAGAAAGAAUUUUGAUGAAGGGAAAGAGGGAAAGGUCAGGGGGUGUGGGAGCAGCAGGAGGGAAGGAGGGUAGAGGAGACAGGGAGGGUUCAAUGAAGGGGGAGGAGGCAGGGCGUGUGGUUGCUGGGGCGCCUGUGACAGAAACGAGUGUGCUUGUACGGGGGGCUGCAAGUUUCUUGGAUGAAGUGAGAGAUGGGGUGGGCAGGUUGAUUAAAGGAGUUGAUUAUAACAGAGGUACCACACCUGACGAUCUGCGGCGGGAGGGAAUAAAAUCCGCAGAUAAUAGAAUCUGCGGAAAUUUUGUCGUCAGCCAGAGUGACGCCGCCCAGAUUGCGCUGAGUCUUGUGGCGGCUUCUGUCCGGCAUUUUUGUCUUGUAGCAGAGGAGGGCGGUUGCAGGGAGGGCGGCAGCGGUUUGGGCAGGGAGAUGGGUGGUGUGCGGUGGGGUGGGAAGCUUCUGAGAAAGGCAGGGAGGAGCUGUGCUGCUGUGAUUCGUGCUGCUGCCAUGCUUGCAGGUAGGGUGAUUGGGGAAGAGUUUGAAGGAGCGGAGGAGACAAGGGGAGAGGGAAGAGAGGGAGGAGGAGAAGGGAGAAGGGAGGGGGGUGAGGAGGAGCAAGAGGACGGGGUGCAAGCAGCAGCAGAUUCGCUACUGCAUGCUGCAGAGAGGCACUUAAGACUGAUGAAGGGCGUUGAGAGAAGGCAAGGGGAGCUGCAGCUCCUGCAGCAGCAACAGGGGCGGGAGAUGCAGGAGAAGCAGGUGCAGCAACAGGAUCAGUCGGUGCCAGAGGGGGUCUUGAUUAUCGACGAAAGCAAGGAGGGAGGCAGGGAAGUGAAAGGGGGAAGCAGGGAAGGUGGUCUCUUGGGUGAACUGGCAGGUGGUCACAUUGACAAGAGACAUGUGAGACGUGAGCAACGGGCUGCUGCUGCUGCUGCUGCUGCUGCUGCUGCUGCUGCUGCUGCUGCUGCUGCUGCUGCUGCUGCUGCUGCGGGUCUGGCUCUGCAUUUGGCUCACAACACUGAGAUGCUGGUGCUACCUUGGUACUUGCCUUCUGAUGGGCGUGCGAUUCUGCUGAGAGGAGGGAUGGGCAGGGGGAGGGCAAGGCAGGGGUUCUUGCUCAGCAAAAUUCUUUUCCGGGCAGCUCAGCUGGGCCAGAUGUUUCUGUCGCAUUGGACAGCCAGAGUACCUGAUUUUGCGGCGGAAAGUGAACCUGAGGAAGGGAGGGAGUGUGAGGGUUCGUGGCACAAAACACAGGCUGUAAGGGACGGAGAAGUGGUGCAAGGCCACGGAGCGGCGGACCCAAGGUUCACUGCUAGCCUGCCUGCUGCUGCUGAGAUUACCGCUGAUGGUGGUCUUGCUGCGCGCUUUGCUGCUGGCUUUGCGUGGCUGGUGCGGUGGUCAGGAGGAAUGGCUGCACUCGCAGGGGAGCUGGAGCAGCAGCAGCAGUACCAGACAGAGGGUGGAAGGGCAGGUGGUUGGGAAGAGAGUGGAGAGGUGGAUGGGGCGGUGAAGGGGCUACUAGUGCAGGGGGCAGCAGCUAGGGAAUUGGCACGCGACUUGCUGAUUCAGGCUGAAUUGCAGCGGUCCCAAGAAACGACUGAUGAGGUUGGGGUUACCACCGGUGUCCAUGCUCUUUCGGAGAGGAAUGGGCUGUUUCAUACUGAGGAUAGGCACAAGGAUGAGGUGGACAGUGCAGCGUGGCAGUCUACCACUGGUGUGCUGAGUCAGCGCGCUGAUUUGGCUGAGCUGGCGGCUGCGUAUGCUGAGUCGUGUGUCAGAUUCGCUGAGUCAGCAGCAGCUGUGCCGUCUGGUGACGCCUGGCAAGGCCUGCUUCUGCAGGCGGAAGGGUUGGUGGUGGAAGCUUCCAAGCAGCUUCGGAUGCUGUUGCAGGCAAAGAAGCACCGAAGCAGCAACAGGAGGCAGCAGAAGGGAUGGCAGGGCGGGUAUCCAACAGAAAACAGCUGCGAAUAUUAUGGCAGGGGUGGUGUGGAUUUUGUAAAUUAUGGCGGUAUGGACUGUUCAAAUCAUGGGGCUGAAGCAGCAUGUGAGGAUGACUUCUUGUUGCUGGCAGCACUGGUUGAGGAGGCUCAGUUUCAUCACUCGCUGCUGCUCCAAGCAACGCAAGACAGAGCAACAGAGAUAUGUGCAGCUAAGGCUGAAAGCAGGGUUCAUGGCUCAGGGGAGGCUGUGUCUGGGGGAGGUGCAUGUGACUCUGUACCAGAGUCACGAGCAGGGGUGCUGGUGUGCAGAGUGGAAAGGUCCUCUAUCCGCCGCUCUGCUCUGCUUCUGCGUCACCGUGCCUCCUCUCUCCUCCACCGCCUCUCCAUCCCAUUCGCACCUCCUCCUCCUCCUCCUGCUGCUAUCCCUGGGCUUUCCUUAUCGUCAGCAUCGUCCAACAAACCUUCCUUCUCCUCCCCCACCACCAGUCACUUGGUCGUGUCAGCAGCAGCUACUGCAGCCAGGCUUGUGACCUCCUCUUCCCUCCUUGCUUCUCUCCUGCAAGCGCUUCUGCUUCUCUCCCCUGAUGAUCCCAGACCUGCUCCUGAUGCAUCACCAGCUUCUGCAGCCCUGCCUGCUGCUGUGCUGAGUCAGCAACAUGCCACCGUCCACUCACUCGCCCUUGCCCUUGCUGAUGUGGCAGCUGACCUGGACACGCAGCUAGCCAGGCUGGCAGACGCAUGCCUCCGCCAUGCUGCCUGCACUGAUCCUGCCGGUGCUGACGUGGCACUUGCGUAUUGGCUGCUGGAUGCAGGGCAAGAGCUGGUGACUCACUCACAUUGGCUCAUACAAGGAACAGGUAAAGGGAAGUCAGGCGUUACAAGUGUUACCGAUGUUACAAGUGUUACAGGAGCAGAAGCAGCAGCAGGACCAGCAGCAGCAGUGAACAGCGUGGGUUGUGUCGCUGCUUUGUCUCUCAGGCUGCUGAAAGUUCUCUUCUCCUUCUUUUGUGGCAUGCACCGGCCCUCCACCAAUGCUGCAUCCCCCAUUUCUUCCUUUUCAGACUGCCCUGCUCCAGUCGUACCCACCCUGCCUCUACUGCCCGCCUCGCUGACCUCUCGCCUGCAGCAGCUAGAAGCUGCUAUGGGCCUGCUAGUCCCUGCACAGGCACACGGGCACGGGAGGGCUUCUGAACCGCAGCAUCACAACCCACUGUCCCCCCCACAGCAAGGGCUCUCUGUGUGGAGCAAACAGGGCAGUGGCAGCAGUGGCAGUGCCGUGACAGCAGCACGCACUCUCUGUGUGUCGUGGCUUAGCCUGUGCUCUGAGGCCCUCUCUCUCAUGGCCGAUAUCCGCACUCGGCUGAGUCAGCUCUAUGUGCUUUCCCAUUCCCAUGACAGGGGGCUUGCACAUGCCCACUCUGCCACUGAUGCAGCAGCCGCGCCUAUCCCCUUGCUGAGACCCUUUAAACCCCAUCUGCCUAUAGCAGCAGCAGCAGCUGUUCCUGUGGUGUCUGCGCUGCUGCUGCGCUGCCUCUUGAGGCUGGGGGGUGCUGUGGCGGAGGUGUGGGGGGAGACUGGUGGGGGAAAGAAGGGGAAUUGGGGGAGCCGGGGGAAGAGUAGGGGCGGAAGGGACGGCAGAGGGAGUGAAGGAAGCGGCAAGGGUGGUGACGGGUUGGGAUUGGAAGGGGAGGAGGAGCUUUGCUGUGGAUGGGUGUACGCUUGGGAUAGUGACGGUUCUGCUGCUGCUACUGGCGAUGCUGGUUCCCACACCCCUGUCCCCCCUCUUGCCUCUGCAGCAGCAUCAGCAGCAGCAGAGGUCACCCUCCUGUCCUUGCUCCAUCACAACAUGCCCUUCCCACUACCAUCCCCAUUAUCCGACCACAAAAGUUCGGGACAAGGUAGAAAACGGGAGGAAAGGGGCGAGCUAGUGGAUAGUCAUGGAGGGGAGAGAGGAGGAGGGGAGCAGACAGAAGGAGGAAAAGAGGGAGAACAAGUCAAGGAGCCGUUUCUGGAUGGGGGAAUUUCUCGGCCUGUUCUCUUUGGCGAUCUCUGUGCUUCCAUUUGUUCCAAUGCUGCUGCCGCGUUGACAGGAAAUGCCACAGAUCUUGCAGAUGUGGCUGAAGCUGCUCUUUCCGCACAGAUUAUUGACGCAACUGGAGGCUUUGCGUCUGAUUUGAAUAUGAGAGGAGGUGCUGGUGUGGUGAGGGUCUCUGCUACCAGUGGGGUGAGAGCAUAUGGGGAUGUGGAUAUGAGUGCACCCAUCCCUGUUCUCUCCGUGUUUGCAGUCAAGCUGCAGACACCUGCUGCUGCUGCUGCUGUGGGAGAGUCAGCAGCGUCGGCAGGAGGGGUACGGGGCGCAGGAGAGGGGGAUGGUAAGGUGCUGCAAGGAACAGACGAAGCUUCUGUCGCCACCCCAUCCCCCCUCCUCUCCUCCUCAUCUCCGUACCUUCCUCCGAGCUCCAGCUGUCACUCCGCCAUUCGUCCGACGCCCCAUGCUGACGUCAUCCUCCCCAUCCCUCUCUUCCUCUCGUCUUCUGAGGAGGAUCGGAGCAGCUUCGGCACUGACCCAACCCUGGAGCAUGGUUCGGGCAGCUUGAAUGAAGCAAUAAAUCUUUUUUUGGAGGAACUGGAGGUUGGAGAGGGGCGAGGGGGGCGAGAAAAGAAGGGGAGGAAGGUGAGAAGGAAAGGUGGGGAGGGUAGCAUGGAAAAAGGUGAGGGUUUGGAAGGGGGGAUGGAGAUGGGUGGUGGGGAUGCAGAUAUGCCUGCAGAGACAGAAACAGGAAUUGAGACAGACAUUGAGAGUGAUGCUUGGAGUGUGUCUAGUGGGGGUUGGGACUCGUCUGUUGGAGUUGGGGUGGAGGGAGAGGAGGAGAUGAGGGGGGAGUUUGAGGGUAGGAAACGGGGGGUUGGGGAGAGGAGUGGGCAGAGAGAGGGGAAGGGGGAGAGGGAGGAGAGUGGGAGAGAGGGUGGUUUGGGUGGGGGGGUGGAGGGAGGGACGGGUGGGGAGGGUGAGGAGGAGGAAGAUGAAGACGAGGAGUGGUAUCAAGAACUGCUGAAGAACAUGCGCGAUGUGGACUUGGGGUUUGGGAAAGAGGUUAUAGCAUCUGAACAAGAAGAAGGGGCAUGUGAGAGGGAAGAGUCAACCACUGAGGAAGGAGUGAGGUCCUUUGGGCUGAGUCAAAGUUUAGUAAGGGGUCUUCUGGCGGAGGAAGGAGGGGAAACGGAGGAGAGCGGGAAAUGGCGAGGGGCAAAUGAGGUUCCUAUCUCUGCAGAGGCAGGAGGAGGGAGAGAGGAGGCGCAGAGGGGGGAGGGUGGGAAAGGAGAGCCUGCUUUUGAGUCGACUCAAGAGGAGGCGCAGAGGGGGGAGGGUGGGGAAGGAGAGCCCAGCCCUUGCAGCACUGACAGCGAUGCUGGCACCAUAGCUUCGGAGGCGACCGACGCUGUGCCGGACCUGCCGUUCAGGCUCGGAAAGCGGUUCUACAACAUUGAUUCGAUGCUGAACAUGCGCGAACCUGCAGUUGCCUCGGGGGCCGGUGGGGUUGGGGCUGGUGGGAAGCUGUUUUCAGGGUACUUGGAUAGGAAGGGACGUGGGAGGACCCUCAUUGAUGGUGCUGUGGUGGGGGCGUCAGCUGGGGCAGCCGGGGCAGUGGGGGCAGUGGGGGCAGUGGGCGUGGGGGAGAAGGUUUCAGGGAGAAGAAAAGGGGAAGGAGAAGGGAGUGGGGAUGACAGGAGUGAUGGUGGCGAGACGAGCGAAUCAGCACCGGCAGAAGAAGCAGCAGCCAUAGAAAGUGCAGCAGCAGCAGUGGAACGUUCGCCAGCACCCACACAAACAGCAGCAGAAGAUUUGAAGGGACUUCUGGCGGAUGCAACAACAGAAGAUUCAAGAGCAGAGGAUACACCAACAGCAGCUGCAGCAGCAGCAGAUAGUGACAGUAACGAUAAUGACAGAAAUGGCGAGGGUGACUGUCACGAGGGCGAGGGUGACAAUAACGAGGGCGAGGGUGGCAAUAACGAGGGCGAGGGUGACAAUUACAAGGGCGAGGGUGACAAGAAUGAGGGUGACUAUCAAGGUGAGGGUGACCGAAUUGAUGGUGCCAAUAGCGAGCGUGACAGUGAGAAGGACGGCAGUGUCGAGGGUGACAAUAAUGAAGGCGAGAGUACAACAAUUUGUUCGGAGCAUCCGGACCUUCUGCAGUUAGACGAGGUUUCCCGAGCCAAGCAGGCUCGGCGACAGUGCCAUGCCGAAGCUAAGGCCGCCGUGGCUGCAGCUUUGGAUGCCCAGGAUGACCUGGCAGACGCCGAAGCUGCAUUGGAGGAAGCUUCCAAGGAAGUUGCACGGCUCACGGCAUGUACUGACACAGAGAAUAAAGGCUCAAGCUUGGAAGUGUUUGUCAAGGGGGAAGGGGUUGCUGAUAACCAGGUGACAUUUGAGUUGACUCAGGAGAUGGCAUGUACUGACAAUGAGAAUAAUGACACAAGUCUGGAGGGGCUUGUAAAGGGGGAAGGGGGUCCUGGUAACCAGGCAGGGGUUGUGGUUACGGUUGAUGGGGGAAAUGAGGGCAGCAGCAAGGGAAGCAAGACAGCCGAAGUCGAAGGAGAGGGGAAUGGAGAGGAGGGGGAGGGGGAGGGGGAGGAGGGAGUGACUGAGGUGGGAGAGGGAACUGCUGAAGGAGAGGAGGUGGGGGGGAGAAGUGCAGUGACAGCUGAAGUGGACGGUGCAGGUGAUGCAUCUCUUUCUUCUGCCCGCUCUUCUGCCCUAGCUGCCCUGGAACAAGCUCAGCUUGCCCGCAAUGAAGCUGCUGCCCGGAUGCGCGCCCAGCGGCGUCGGGCAGCUGCAAAAGUUUCAGAGCUGGAAGCUGCCCGGUCCCUCUACACCACACUGCUUCGGGCAAAAGAAAAGCGGGUGGCUGAAAUAAAUAGUGCUGCUUAUGGGCUGAUUGGGGAGAUGAAGGCAGCAACUGGGUGUGUAACACCUGGUGUGGUAACCCCACGAGGGGGCUCUGCUGCUAGUAGUGAAUUGCUUGAUGUGCAACACUGCACAGAUGGUGUAGGUGGUGACUAUAAUGACGAGGGCUAG